GAUUUGACCCGAGUGAGGGGUGUAGCAGGGGCAGGCGCUUGCCAGAGUCUCCGGCGCUCAUAAGACACACUGCAGAUACUGCAGUCUUGAAGAAAGCCCCUUUCCUGCUGUCAUGGCAACCAUGCACGGACAAGAAGAAACCACGCUAGAGGCUGGCCCUGGUAGGUACCAGCCGGAGCAGUCUGCUGUUAUCCAGUCACAUCUGUGGAAAAGAAUGCCCGAGAAGUUUAUGAAGGGGGAGCCUAAAGUCCUUGGGGUCGUGCAGAUCCUGAUUGCCACGGUGAACUUUAGCUUGGAAAUGAUAAAGAUGAGUGCCACAUUGACAUUUUCUUAUCACUCACAUUUUGUUUCAGUUCAGGAUGUGAGCAAAAUUCUGGGGCCUGUGAUGUUUAUUAUUUCAGGAUCCUUGUCAGUUGUAGCAGGAGUUAGAACUACAAAAGGUCUGAUCCAGACUAGCCUGGCAUUAAACAUCUUCAGUUCUGUCAUGGCUGGAGCAAUGCUCUACUUCGCUAUCCCUGACUUGGAUGAGUUUAAAGGGUUUAUCUACUCCUGCAGAUUUCAGCACAGGUUUGAGAGUUGUGCCAUGGCCAUGUCCAUUUUAGCGAGUCCGAAUAUUCUGGUGUUUCUUUUGAACAUCCUAGAGUUCUUCAUUGCUCUGUCCCUAGCUGCCUUUGGAUGCAAAGUCACCUGCUGUAAUCCUGGCGGGGUUGUGUUCAUUAUGCCAUCAAAACCCGACAAGGCAGAAGCAGCAUCUCCCGCACCAUUUACAGAGCUCUGAUGUCGCCAACUGAUCACCAGCAAAGUGUUCCAGAAAACCUGUCCUGCCAGUUGUACAAGAAUGCCACCUGGGAAAGCACCAGAAUCCAGCUCUGAUAUGUACAGCUAUAUUUCAGAAUCAUAUUCUCUUUUUCCCCCCAAGACCCCAACAACCCAUUUACUGGCUCUUUAUCAACAAUAGCAGAAAUUGAAUAAAUAAAUCAUACAUUUAAUGA